AUGUUGAUACUGCGAUCUCAAUUCAUACAACCUUAGUCGAUGGGUGGAUAAGUUUGAUUGCUUUUGUAUGAACUAGCAACUUUUGAUCAAUCUGCUCCUGCUCGGGAUCAAACAUGGAGAUGAGAAGUGGCUCUUGGCUCCUCUCCCUCAACCUUAUCGAUGAGCACGCACACUCCUGGGACAAAGGCAACUUGGGAGGAAGAUACACGUGCUGUAAAACCAGCAAAAUCCCUCUCUCUCAGCGUUACUUCGCGCGUGAGGCGGAGAGCCAGGACGAGAUGACGGACUCCGACGAGUGCAAGACCGCCAAGACGAGAUCCAACACCAUCGCCAGUGGCGAGGAAGGCGUUCGCGGGCGGAUCGAGAUCGAGCUCGAUCCCGUCGUCGCUGGCCGCGGCGGCGAUACGCUCUAUUCCGUCCUUUGCGAUUUCGUCGCCGGCGUCGUUUCGUCGCCUCCGUCCUCUCUCUUCCCAUGGAUCAUGUUCUCCUUUUCUAAGUCCUCUCCCCGCCUUCAGGAAGCGUCGAGAAACUCCUCGAGGAACCUCCGCCUCUGGACUCGUCGCGGCGGCUCCAUUCGCGCCAUCUUUGUCAUCUCGGUUGGAACAAUCACUCUUCUGGCUUUGACAGGCUUGCUGAUUUUUUUAUGUUUCUUGUUCACAGCCACACUAAAUGCUGUUAUUGUUUCUCUACUGGUGUCUUUGGUAGCUGCUGGUGGUUUUUUGGCUUUCUUCUUUUCAUGCUUAAUCGCAAUUUAUAUUGGCACAUUAUCCAUAGCAGCUUUUGCAAUCUCCAUAACAACUAUCUCAACAAUCAUAGCCAUCAUGGUAGCUACUGGAUGGAUUGGAUUCUUCUGGGUCAUUUGGCUUGUUGCCAAGAAAAGUUUGGGCCUCACGUCGCAAUCAGUUAGUAAGGCAAGUUCCAUCAUAUCAACAUAUUCAAAAACUCGGCAAGCAAGCUAGGAUGCUGCACCGAGUACUUCAGGUUGAAAAUGAUUGAUUUUGCGAACAUUCGUAUCUUUAUACUUGUUGAUUGCAAGCAUGUAAGUAUAUCGACAACUGAUGCAUCAUGCUCAGUUUUGACAUUCAAUGCAAUUCAUUGCACAACUUCACUGAGCAAAUGCAUGUGAUAAAGUUGUGUUUGCAUUUUGUUAGAGAGGAAUAGUUAAGUAUAAAUGAAAAGAAUCCCUUUGGCUUGAAGUUUGAACUAAUCCUUAGCAUUUCCAUUUUGCAUGAGAUUGGAGUACUUGUAUUUUGUACCGCAUAAUAGUCCAUGUACAUUGAUAAAUCAUGUAUCGAACAAGUACAAAAUAUAUUUUUUUACAAAAAGGAGGUUUUCUUCACUAGUGAAAAAUAGUGAAGUUUUGUUAAUUUUAUAUUGUUUUUCUUUUGGUGCUUCAUGGAGAAAAAUAAUGGAAAAGAAAUCAGUGUUGGAACUCAACUAAGCUACUUGGACAUGGAUCAUAUACCUUCUGUUCUUCCCUUUUUUUCUUGCAAAAGGAAAAAGGAAAAAGUUUUAUUUGAUUGUAUUUGCUUUACUACAUUAUCUAUAUAAAAUAUUCUUAAGUUGUUUUUUGAUCCAUAGCUAUAGAAACUUGAUCAGAAGAGCUUUGGAUAACUUAUUCACUAAUUGAAUAAGUUGGUUAAUUAGUUGAAUUGCAUAUUAAACCAUGAAUUGAUUUAGUCAAACUAAUUACUAUCGACCCUUGGACUAUAAAUGUUUCUGAUACUAUUGGAUUACUCUUUUCUUGAAUGAUGAUAAUCUUUUCUAGAUCCAUUCCAUAUUUAAUGUCUCUUAUUCUUUACCAUUUGUUCAAUGCACAACUGAUAACAUGAGCUAACCUAAUUGCUUUCAUUUUUUAUUCAUGCAAGUUGAAGUUGAGGACAGUGGUUACAUAAAUUUGAGGUCCAUAAUGCAACAAGAUUAAGAUUUCCUAUUCUUUCACUAAUUAAAUAAAACCACUUGAAAUAUUUUGUUGCAAGAUAUUUUUGUGUUGAGUAGUUGUGCACACAAUGCAUUUAUCUGUUUUAUUUAGUGAAGCACAAUUGUAGAUUUCCAUGGAGACAAAGUAUCAAUUUCAACACUCUUAUCAUCAUCAUUAUUAUCGACUACAUUACAUUCUUUUUUUUUUUGUUGAGCUCUAUGCAGAAUUUUCAUUGGUGUUCUGACUAAUAAUAUGAUUUUGAGUCUGUCAUUGGAGAAGAACCAAGUGACGUUUCUAUUAUUGUUUUAUAUUUGGUUAAGAGAUACAUAGAUAUG